UCCCCUCGGCCUUUUGGCUUUCUCCUCCUUCUAGGGUUAGGGUUUCGUUGAUCUCCUGUUUGUGUUACAUGAUCUCCCUUCAUCUACAGAUCGUCGAUCAUUGCCGGAAGAUAUGACGUUAUUUCUGUCCGACGAAGAGUACGCUCGCUGCUCCCACGAUCCAUCUUUGAUUGCGCAGAAAGCCGACGCUUACAUUAGAGAACUUUACAAUCAACUCGAGACUGAAAAAGCUCAAUACGAUGCUUCAUCCAUCACCGCUGAACAGACCUGCUCGCUUCUCGAACAGAAGUAUGUUUCUCUCAAAUCUGAAUUCUCUGCACUUCAAUCUCAAUACUCGCAACUGAAUUCCACCCUUGAGGAACGUGGCUCUGAGCUUGCUCAGAUUCAAGCGGAUAAGCAUCAAGUUUAUCUCCAAUCGAUCGGCAAGGAUGGGGAGAUUGAACGGCUAUCCUUGGAGGCUUCAGAGCUUCAUAAGUCCAAAAGUCAGUUGCUGCAACUGAUUGAACAUAAGGAUUUAGAGAUUAAUGAGAAGAAUGCUACCAUCAAGGGUUAUCUUGACAAGAUUGUUGCCUUGACCGACAGUGCUUCUUUUAAAGAAUCACGGAGUAGUGAAUUGGAGGCUGAGCUUGCACGUGUUCACACUUCCUUGGCUCGUUUGUCUCAGGAGAAGGAAUUAGUUGAGAGGCAUAAUAUUUGGCUUAAUGACGAGUUGACUACUAAAGUGAACAGUCUUUUGGAGCUGAGGAAGGUACAUAAUGAACUAGAGGCAGAUAUGUCUUCUAAGCUUGCAGAUCUUGAGAGAAAAUACAAUGACACAUCUAGCUCAUUGAAGUGGAAGGAUGACAGAGUAAAGGAGCUGGAGUCAAAGCUAGAAGCCUUACAGAAGGAGUUUUGUUCAUCUAAGGAUAUGGCUGCUGCUACUGAGGAACGCUUGUCAGCUGAACUUUCAACUGUAAACAAGCUGGUUGAACUGUACAAGGAGAGUUCAGAUGAGUGGUCCAAGAAGUCAGGCGAGCUUGAGGGUGUUAUUAAGGCUUUGGAGACUCAUGCAAGUCAAGUUGAGAAGGAUUACAAAGAUAGACUUGAGAAGGAAACAUCCUCUAGAAUGGAGUUUGAAAAGGAGGUUUUGCAUUUAAAAGAAAAACUUGAAAAGUGUGAAGCAGAAUUGGAAAAUUGCAGAAAUUCUGAUCAGCUUAAUCUUCUGCAGAUGAGCAGUUUCAACACGAAAGCAUAUGGAGGCGCUACCGAUGCCAAUGAUGUGGAUGGAAAUAAUCUAAUGCUUGUUCCCAGUAUUCCAGCAGGUAUUUCAGGCACAGCACUAGCUGCUUCUCUUCUUCGAGAUGGUUGGAGUCUAGUUAAAAUGUAUGAGAAGUACCAAGAAGCUGUUGAUGCUCUGAGGCAUGAACAAUUGGGAAGAAAGCAGUCCCAAUCAAUACUGGAACGGGUGUUGCAUGAAAUAGAAGAUAAAGCUGAGGUCAUAUUGGAUGAGCGAGCAGAGCAUGAUAGAAUGGUUGAAGCAUAUGAUAUGUUAAAUGAAAAAUUGCAACAUUCUAUUUCUGAACAAACUGCACUUGAGAGAACUAUCCAGGAGCUGAAGGCUGAAUUAAGAAGGCAUAAACGGGACUACACUUUAGCUCAAACGGAGAACCGUGACCUUCAGAGACAGAUAACAAUUCUGCUAAAGGAAUGUCGUGACAUACAACUCCGUUGUGGAUCUGCAGAUUAUGAUUCUGCUAUCGAGGGAAUGAGUUCCUUGGCUGAUCAGUCGAAUGUCAGUUCUGAUGCCGACACUGUUUUCUCUGAACGGUUGUUGACCUUCAAGGAUAUAAAUGGAUUGGUUGAGCAGAAUGUACAGCUUCGGGGUCUAGUUCGUCUUCUCACUGAGCAGAUUGAGACUAAAGAAGUCGAGUUGAAGGAGAACUUCGAGAAGGAGUUUCAAAAGCAUUCUAAUGAAACUGCUUCUAAAGUCGAUGCAGUAUUGGCUAGAGCAGAAGAACAAGCACACAUGAUUGAAUCACUUCAUACCGCUGUUGCUAUGUACAAGAAACUAUAUGAAGAGGAGCAUAGACGUCAUGUUUCUCAACUGCAAUCUCCAGAUACGGCACCAGCAGACAGAAGGGAUGAUGUUAUGCUUCUACUUGAAGGUUCUAAUGAUGCUUCAAAAAAGGCACAAGAGCAAGCUUACGAGCGCAUAAAGCUUCUUGAAGAAGAGAUGACAGGGUUAAGAGGGGAGAUCAUUACAUUAAGAUCACAGCGUGACAGAUCAACUCUAGAAGCAACUUUUGCACAUGAGAAACUGGAAAGGUUUAUGAAAGAUUUUGAGCAUCAACGGGAGGAAUCAAAUGGCAUUAGAGCAAGAAAUGUCGAGUUCUCACAGUUGAUAGUUGAUUACCAAAGAAAGGUGCGUGAAGCUUCUGAGGCCUUGCAUACUGCUGAGGACUUAUCGCGGAAGUUAAAUAUGGAGGUAUCUGUUGUAAAGCGUGAAAAAGAAAUGUUGGUAAAUUCUGAAAAGAGAGCGUUUGAGGAAGUCCGUAGUUUAUCAGAGAGAGUUCAUCAGUUGCAGGCUACCUUGAACACAUUUCAGAGCGCUGAAGAAGUGCGGGAGGAAGCCAGAAGUGCUCAACGGAUAAACCAGGAGGAUCAUGUCAAACGUACCGAAAGAGAAUGGGCAGAGGCUAAAAAGGAGCUUCAAGAAGAGCGUGACAAUGUUCGCAAGCUCACGCAUGAGCAUAAUACAGCUAUGAGAGGAGCUAUGCAACGGAUCGAGGAGAUGGGGAAAGAACUAGCUAGUGCGUUGCGUGCUGUUGCUGAUGCUAAUGCUAGGGCUUCUGCUGCUGAAGAACGGUGUUCUCAGUUGGAGAAAAUGAAAAAAAUAGAUUUUGAGAUAAAUGAUGAACUUGUACCCACCUCUUCAACCAGAGAUGACAUGGCUGUGUUGCAUACUGCAAAGGAAGAGGUUGAGAAAUUGAGAGUAGAAGUGCAAGUAAACAAAGACCACAUGUUACAAUAUAAAAGCAUUGCGCAGGUGAAUGAAACUGCGCUAAAACAGAUGGAAGCUUCCCAUGAAAAUUUUAAAGCUGAGGCAGAAAAGGUGAAGAAAUCAUUAGAAGAUGAACUUGUAUCACUGAAGGAGCAGGUUAAUCAACUUCAAGAUGGCUAUAAUUUGAAGGCUAAAGAGUUGGCUUCUGCAUCUGUAUCACAAGAAGAAGCUCUUGCUUUCUCAUUGUCAGAGGUUUCUAGUUUGAGGGAAGAAUGUACUUCAAAAAUGUUGCGCAUUGAGGCUUUAGAGUCACAAAUGUCAGCCCUGAAAGAUGAUUUGGAGAAAGAGCAUCUAAGAUGGCGUACUGCUCAAGAUAAUUAUGAGAGGCAGGUCAUACUGCAGUCUGAGACAAUUCAGGAGUUGACUAAAACAUCGCAAGCAUUGGCUUCACUACAGGAAGAAGCAUCUGAGCUCCGGAGGGUAUCUGACUUGCUCAGAAUUGAGAAUGAAGAGCUAAAGAGCAAGUGGGAAACAGAGAAGUUGGUGCUAGAGGAGGCCAAAGAUAAAGCAGAGAAGAAAUAUCAUGAGAUCAAUGAACAGAACAAGAUCUUGCAUGAUCAGCUCGAGGCAUUGCACAUUAAGGUGGCAGAAAAGAGUCAUGGUUCCGGUGCAGAGUCUUCUGGAAGUGUUGAUAAGUUCAAUGAUGCCGGACUACAGAAUGUGGUGAAGUAUCUGAGACGUUCGAAAGAGAUCGCAGAGACUGAGAUAUCUUUGCUGAAGCAGGAAAAGCUUCGGUUGCAGUCACAGCUUGAGGGUGCUUUGAAGGCUGAAGCGACAGCACAAGGAUCGCUUCGUGCAGAGCGAGAAAAUUCAAGAUCAGUACAUUUUACAGAGGAGGAGUUUAAAGCGCUACAGCUUCAAGUUAGAGAAAUGAAUUUGCUUCGUGAAAGCAAUGUACAGCUUAGAGAAGAAAACAGACACAAUUUUGAGGAAUGUCAAAAACUGCGCCAAUCGACCCAUAAUACUAGGAUGGAAGUUGUGAAUUUAGAGAAUUUGCUUGGUGAACGACAAAAUGAAGUCGAAGCUUGUAAAAGAGAGAUAGAGAUGCAGAAGAAAGACCGAAAAGACCUAGAAAAGAGAGUUGAUGAGCUGCUUGACAAAUUCAGAGAUAUUGAUCCUGAAGAUUAUGGUCGGAUGCGAGCUGAUUUUCAGCAAAUGCAGGUAAAACUGUUGGAUAAAGAUGGACAGUUGGAGGAGGUUAAGAAACUUGUUUUGGAGAAACAAGAAGUAAUACUGCGGUUGGAGCAGGAUCUUGCAAGAAGCAAAGUGGAAAUAGAUGAAAGAGAGUCAAAGAUAAGUAGUAUUUCGCAAACUGAGACAUCGCUGAAAUCAGAUAUGGACAGGCAGAAGAGGUUCUUUAUUCAAUUGAAACGUAGAUGUGAUAACUUGGUGAAGGAGAAGGAGGAACUGAAUAAGAAGAAUCAAGAACUCUCAAAAGAGUUGGCUGAUUCUAACCAGGUCAAAAGGAACAGUGUGGACACUGCGGGUGAGCAAGCCACUAGGGAGAAAGAAGAGAAAGAUACAAGGAUACAGAUGCUUGAGAGAACUGUUGAGAAGCUGAGAGAUGAGUCAAGGGAGAGAGAAGAGAAAGAUACAAGGAUACAGAUGCUGGAGAAAGUUGUAGAGAGGCUAAGAGAUGAGGUGAGGAAGGGAAAAGAUGAAGUCAGGAUUGAGAAGUCAAAGAAUCAAAAGAAUGAGAAGGGAAUAGCUGAAUCUCAUGAAAAGUUAAAGCUGGCAGAUGAUUUGGAGAAACACAAACAGGCACUGAAAACCCUGUCUGAUGAAGUUGAAAAGCUGAAGCAUGCCACUGAAUCGGAGGGUGCUUCAACUGCUCAGCCCCAUUCUGGUGACUCCUUUGAUGACCUUGCUGCUGCAUGUCUCCUUGCUGUAGAAAAUUUUGAACAUGUUGCAAAUCAAGUAUGUAGCGAGUUUGGAGUUCCUACUACUGGUGAUACGCUGUCGGUUGAGUUGGGUGGAUCAGCACGAGCCACCAUUGGUGAGGUUGUUCCUACUGCAGUGGCUUCUGGUACUUUGGCGUCAGUUGUCCCUGCAGCUCAGAACAUGGAAGAAAGUUCAAAGACACCAGUUACGUCCAAACCAAAACUUGAACAGCGUAAAGUUGCACGGAGGUUGGUCCGACCACGAAUUGUAAAGUCUGACCAACCAAAGGGUGAUGUUGAUAUGAUAGAAACUGUUGGAGCUAAUAUGCAGUCAUCUGUGCGCAAACGUCCGUCUGCUUUAUCUGUUUCAGAGGGACAAGAAGGAUCGCAUGUGCGUGAAAGUAGCGCUGCUGAUGUUGCAGCACCUCUAAUUAAGAAAUCCAGAGGUUCAGAAGAACCACAGGAGGGUGCCGAGGUUCAAAGCGUCGCGAUGGCUUCAGAUGCUCCUGAAAGUUUUCCUUCCAUCGCUGAAGAGGCUCUAGGCAAUGGUGGAGAUGAAGUUCAAUUAAAGGAGGAAACUGCUGAUGCUGGAAGGGAUGAGGAUGUUGAAACUGGUGAGGAGCAGGCAGUUGAGGAUCAAGGAGAGUUGCAGAAUGAUAGAAGCGAUAUUGGUGAAGAGAAUAUGAACAGGACAGCUGAAAUUGAGGUUUCUGAGUUUCAGCCAAAGAUUAGUGAAGCUGAGCAUGCACAAAAGCAGCAGGCGACAGGUGAAGCUGGAAGUGAUCCUGAAGAGGGCGAAAUGGUUUCUGAUGCUAUUAUUGGUCAUGAAGGUGGUGGUGCAAGUACUAGUAAUAACACAUCUAGUGCCAUGAUAAUAAGCAACCAAGAAAUGGGGGAAGCUCAGUUAGUUGAGCAUCAGAUGAGGUCACCUUCACCUUUGCCAGUUGAAGAUGAAGUGGCAGAUGAUGCCUUAGGAGAUUUGGAGGUCAGUUCUCCACUACUGGAGGACAACGAAGACAAGAAUGAAGAAGGUGAGAUAGAAGUAGAAGAGACUACUCCCGAGAGUUCAACAGAUAAGCUAAAUAACGAUGGCAAUGAUGAAGGAGGGUCUAUGGCUGAAGAGGCUGCUAUUGAUCAUGUUCCCACCACUGCUGCUGCUGUUUUAGUCCCUCCUGUAGCUGAGAAAACAUCGAACACUUCUGCUAUGUCUGAAGCCGGUGUUGCAAAUCAAGACGGUAGCACUCUCAGUAGUGUUUCCACAUCAGGGCCAACAGAAGUAAAGCCAGAGGAGUCAGUUGCUGAUACAAGUUCAACAACCAUUAAUUUGAACGAGAGAGCAAGGCUAAGAUCUUUGCAGAGACUGGCUGGAACACUUCCUUCAUCACCUCCUGUAGCAAGGGGUCGUGGCAGGACACCAAGGGGACGAGGUCGUGGUGGGCGCACUGCACGUGGUGGACAAACACCUGGUUCUCAAGGAAUGUGAUGCGAAAUUCAGUGCUUGCAGCAGUUGUUGUGGCAUGCGCUUUCUCUCCAUUAUCAGCAUUUUGAAUGCAGAAAGGUUGGGCAAUAAUUAUUAUCAACUAAAAUAUUAUGAUGAUGCUAAAGGAGCUUGAUGUUAGUAAUCGAAGUUUUGUGAAACCGGUGAUAAAGGAAAAAAAUUAUGGAAUGUAGAUUGCACCAUUGAAUCAUGGAGUUUGAGUUACAAAUGGGAAACUCAAAAUUUGUUGGACCGAAUUGACUUUUGCGCAUAUCUUAUCGAGUACAUCUGCCGUUUUUUGACCUUUCGUGAAUACUGGGCUGAUGCAUGGCUUUUGGCGUUGGUAGCUUACAUAUAUUGAAUUAGUUGCAUUUUCCUCAGAAACAUGAAUAGACCUGUAUGAUUUUUGCUCUUAAAUUGCUUAUCAGAUGAAAACCAGAAGUUUUAUGAUGUCUGUUACCUUGUUCAUGGUGAAGUUUGUGUUUUGUUUUGAUGAGUUCAGUAUGUGAACUUUUAGUUGCAUAUUACAAUAUCGUUGAUGGUUA